AUGAUGGGAGUCGACAAAAGUCUAUAUCCUCAAUUCUUUGAUACCAUAGUCAGUAGUUCGAUAGAUUCGAUACGAAGAGAAUUAGCCCCCAAAGAUAAUAUAUUUGCCGCUGAACACUUCGGUUUCAAUCCAAUUGCUAGUAAAAGCUUUUUAGAAACACAUCAAUCUAUUCGUAAAGACGUCCAACAAGAUCCUAACACAGUUAGUUUAUCACCAAAUGUUCGACCUCAACAAUACAACAUACAAACCAUUCACGAUCCUAAUUAUAGAGUUUACAAAGAAGAACAAGAAGAGGGAACUGAAAUUUUAGAUUCAUUAAAAAGAAAUCCUGCUGUCGCUAAUUAUUUCCAACCCAUCGUUAAUGCUGCCGUCAAUCACCCUCUCAAUUACCGUAAAGAGGACGCCAUUGAAACUCUUGAAGGUGCUCCGAACUACAAGUCAAUUCCUUAUAUUACAGGACCUGCUCGUAUCCGACGCUAUACUAAGGGUCGAAGCCGAGAAAAUUUGAGAAGGAAAGAAGACGACGAAGACAAUCCUUACGAUUAUAGUUCAGAAUAUGUUGCAAUUCCAAAAGCUUUCAAAGGAAGUCUUUACGGCUCAUAUAAAGAAGAUAAAGACUCCAAGGAUAAAUAUGAGUAUCCUUAUAAAUAUGACUCCGGUUACGAUCAUAAAGAAUACGACAGAAUAAAAGAACUUUCCGAAAAACAGGCCGCAGAAAUCAGACAGAAUCCCGGAAAUUGUAAAGAGGUUAAAAGAGAUGGUAUGUCAUGUAUGGUUUGCAAAGAUCCUAAAACCGGAGGGAAUUAUGAAUCGUGCUCCUAUCAAGCUGAGCCAAAGAACAAUAAAUAUGCGUACUCCAAAGAAAAGAAAUUUGACAGUAAUGAUGAACCAGAAGGUCAAUCUGAAGAAAAAGCUGAGCCUGAGAAAUUAAAAAAAUACCAAGAAGCAAAGGAUGAGACAUCUCCACAAAAGUUUACAGAUGCAAGCGCAAAUAGUCCUUCUGGGAACUAUAAAAAACAAGAUGCAGACGACUCCGAUGGUAAAUAUAAGGCAUAUUAUAUUCACACGUCCAAUCCCAAGCCCAGUGAAUCACUACGAGCACAAAGUGAAGAGUCCGAGGACGACAGUAAGGAAUCAAAGGGAUACGACUAUAAAAAGGCAUUGCCUGGUUUUUAUUCCGAUAACGAACCUAAAAAAAACGUUGAGCAUGUGUUAGCGGAAUUUAAAAAGAAGGAUAGGUCUGCGUGCAAAAAAGUCCACAAAAAUGGAAUGACAUGUUACCAAUGUAUAGACAAAGCUGGUUUAAAAAAUGAAGAGUGUAUGUUUGUUUCCGAAUCCGCCCCCAAACAAAGUCAUUUGGCUUACCAGGAGGUGAAGGAAUUCACAUCGAAACCGGCCACUCUAGAAGGCGGUAAUGAAGGUGCAGAAAGUCAAACGAUUACCACAAGUACGCCGCCAAAACAGAAGUCAGGCGCUUAUGUAGCAGCUACAAAUACAAAUAAAGAAAAACAGAAACGCAAGAAGGUUGCACAAACAUCUUUAUCUUCUGCCGCUACAAGUCCAGUGGCCCAAGCGAUAGAUGUUACUAAGCAGGUUAAUUCCAAGAAAGUGAAACGGAGUAGCGACAAAGAAGAGGAUGUCCAAUUAGCCGAUGAAACUAAUAUUGCUCCACCAGAAGAAUUUGCUGGCGCGGAAUCCAAGGGCGCAUUUUGGGCUGAGACUAUGCCACGUUACAGUGCAGAUCUCGGUGUUUCUCUACCUGAAUAUAUGCUUUCAGGCUCAGAACAUGAAGCAUCUUUCGACGAAUUAGUUGCGGGGGCCUAG